GAGAUCGCGUGUGCGCAUGCUCAGUGCAUCCUCAUCCUCCUCAUCGUCAGUCUUGCAGCUCGGACUUCCUUUGGCGCAAACGCGUCACAAGUCAGCACCGCAGCGCCACAACAACAUUGGCGAGGAUAUCUCGGGAGGGCUGGCGAGGGGGGGGAGCAUCUGCAUGCAACGCCAGCAGGCGCGGGGGGAGGCUUCAAAGAUGAAGCCGCACUAAGCAAUGUCCCGGACUUCUCCAGCGACCGUUCUCUGCGAUUGAGACCCCGGCCCAGUCCUCCGGUUGCAGAAAUCGAUCGGCAGCCGCGCAGCAUGUCGCAGCCGUCCAGCAGAAAAGAGCCGUCGCGGAGCGAGCGCUUGGCACGGACCCUGUCGCUGGCCGUGUGGCUGGGCCUCCUGUGGCCUCCGGGCGGGGCGUCGGUGGCACCCUGCAUCUGUGCCUCCAACAUCCUGAGCUGCUCCAAGAUGAACCUGAGCAGCGUCCCGGCGGGGCUGCCGCUCUACAUGGCCGUGCUGGACCUCAGCUACAAUGAGAUCGUGAGGCUGAAGUCGGAUUGGACCCCGGUGAAGCUCCCCAAACUCCACAACCUGCUCCUGAGCCACAACAGUAUGCUCUUCCUAUCUUCCGAGGCCUUCGUGAACGUCAAGUAUCUGCGCUAUCUGGACCUGUCCUCCAACAGUCUGCAGCAGCUGGACGAGUUUGUCUUUGAGCCGCUGGUCAACUUGGAGAUUCUACUGUUGUACAGCAACAAAAUCACCCAAAUCGACCACUCGGCUUUCAUCACCACGCUCAACCUGCAGAAGCUCUACCUGAGCCACAACCACAUCUCCCGAUUCCCAGUGGAGCUCAUCAGGGAGAAGUCCCGCCUGGAGAAGCUCAGUCUGCUGGACGUGUCGUCCAACAAGAUCAAAAAGCUUCCUCUGGACGAAAUGCGAAUGUUGCCCGCCUGGUUGAAAAACGGCCUGUAUUUCCACAAGAACCCGCUGGCGUGUCACUGUGACCUCUACUCGCUGGUCGCCCACUGGGACCUCCGCAAGCUCAACUCGGUGGUGGACUUCAGAGACGAUUUCACUUGCGUGCUGCCGGGCACGCAGAAGAUUCAGAUGGACGUGUUUGACCUGACCGGCGACAGCAUGAACUGCAGCACCUUCAGGGAGGCGGAGGAGGAAGCCUUUCUGGAGCAAACGCUGACCCUGGGCUGUGACACCAAGCACAGGAACAUGCUCAAGACCUGGACGCUUCCCGGGCCCUCUCCGCUGACUCCGGAUGGAAACCAGACGGCCAAAGUCUUGCCGGACGGCAGCCUGCGGGUCAGUCCGGUCCGCUCCGAGGACUCGGGAACCUACACCUGCUUCGCCACCAGCGAGGCCUUCAACGAGACCAUCUACGUGGUGCUGAAGGUCCACAACUUCACCAUGCACGGCAGCGGCGAGACCCUCAACACCGCCUACACCACCUUGGUGGGCUGCCUGGCCAGCGUGGUCCUGGUUCUGGUCUACCUCUAUCUGACCCCGUGCCGCUGCUUCUGCUGCCCCGGCAAGGGCAAAGCCCGGGGCGACGACAGCAUCCGCUCGUCGGUGCUCAGCGUGACGCCCACCCACGGGGGGGACCCCUCGGCGCUCAACAGGCACGUGGUCUUCACCGACGCCAAGGAAGCGCGGGGCCAGAAUGGCAAGUUGAACCCCGACGGAGACCAGGAUGACGAGGAGGCCGACGCCGAGGCUCGCUCGCUGAUGAAAGGAACCAGGAAGAAGUCCGUUGCCGAGUCCAUCAGCUCCGUCUUCUCGGACACUCCCAUGAUGGUCUGAGAGGGGACGAAGAUCAGCACGAGGGGUAACAACAAAGCGGGACUGGAUUUGAUUUAUUUAUUGAUUUGUUUUCCAGCAUUCAAAUGUGUAGCACUUCUUGAUUGACAUACUGUGAAGGAAGAAGGAGUGGACGUCUCAGGACGUGGUCGAAGCGACUGGACUCAUCGCUUGUUCAAACAAAAACCAAAGUUGAAUGGAGGCGACUGGACUUUUCUGGCUUGUUGACCCAGAAGAGUCCAGAUGCCCCAGUUCAACUUUUGCCGAUGCCGACCGCGACCUGGAUGCCAGACGAUCUACACAGACACUCAGGUCAGGAUGUGAUCGAUGAUAUGACAGCAAUUGCUUCUCGCCUACAACAUAUAGUAGCAUAGGUAGAGACCGCCCCGCCGCCCCCAAGCCCUGCCGCCAAGAGCAAAAAUCGGCAAAAUCCAAGUCAUUCACUCACUUGGCGCUAGAACAUUAAAAUGACAAACAAGCUUCACAUAUGCCGGUACUCGAGUUACGUUGGGUGAGGGUGGUGGGUGGUGGGUUGGGGUGGGGACCGACAAUUGUUUGAUGAACCUCCAGCGCUUUAUUGACCAUUAGUGUGAAAGCGAGAUAUCAAUAAAGUUGAAUUGUAUCGUAUUACUCAUAGUCAAACAC